AUGGAGGAUAGCUACAAGCCAAUAGUCCAACCUCAAAGGAGAUUGAAUCUAGCAAUGCAUGAAGUAGUAAAAAGGGAGAUUGUAAAAAUUUUGGCAGCAGGUAUCAUUUAUCCUAUUUCAGACAGUCCUUGGGUAAGUCCUGUUCAGGUAGUGCCAAAGAAAGGAGGGUAUAACCAGAUACCAAUUGCACCAGAAGAUCAAGAUAAGACAACAUUCACAUGUCCUCAUGUAACAUAUGCUUAUAGGAGAAUGUCAUUUGGUUUGUGCAACGCCCCUGCUACAUUUCACCAUUACAUGUCAGCAAUUUUCUCUGACAUGACCGAGAAAUUUCUCGAGAUUUUUAUGGAUGAUUUUACACUAUUUGGAAAAAUAUUUGAGGAUUAUGCAUUUGAGACCCUUAAGAAAAAGUUAUCAACUGCCCCUGUAGUCGUGUCCCCUGACUGGAAUCAACCUUUUGAGGUUAUGUGUGAUGUUAGUAAUAUAGCAGUAGGAGUUGUUUUAGGCCAGAGAAAGGAUAAGAUUUUCCAUCCCAUUUACUAUGCUAGAACUAAGGUCACAAUUUUCACUGAUCAUGCAGCUUUGAAAUACCUCUUAGCAAAGAAAGAUGCUAGACCUAGAUUGUUAAGAUGGAUUUUACUUCUGCAAGAAUUUGACCUUGAGAUAAAAUAUAAAAAAGGAACAAAGAAUCAUGUAGCUGACCAUUUGUCUAGAUUGGAAAAUCCUCCCCUUGAGUUUAGUGAGAUAAAGGAAGAAUUUCCUGAUGAACAUAUUUUUUCAAUCGACUUAGUAGUGACUCAACCACCCUGGUUUGCAGAUAUUGCAAACUACUUGGUUGGAAAGUGGAUAUCCCAAGAUCUUUCAUACCAACAAAGGAAAAAACUUAUAUCUGAUGCUAAAGCAGUUGGAGGUCAUUACGCAGCAAAUCAAAUAGCUUUUAAGGUUUUGGAAGCUGGAUUCUUCUGGCCGGCACUCUUUAAAGAUGCUCAAACAUAUGUUGCACAAUGUGAUAGGUGUCAGAGAACAGGUAACAUCACUAAAAGAGAUGAAAUGCCAUUGCAAUCGAUACAGAAAAAUAUUUUUACUAGAUUUGGCACACCACGAGUCAUCAUUAGUGACCAAGGAACUCAUUUCAUGAACAAGCAAUUCUCUACUUUGCUAUCAAAAUAUAGUGUGACUCAUAAAACGGGAACACCGUAUCAUGCUCAAUCUCAAGGACAAGUUGAAGUUUCGAACCGCAAGUUAAAAAGAAUUCUUGAGAAGACAGUUGGAAUUUCUAGGAAAGACUGGUCUUUAAAAUUAGAUGAUGCAUUAUGGGCUUACCGAACAGCGUUCAAAACGCCAAUUGGAACAUCCCCAUAUAGACUAGUCUUUGGAAAAGCUUGUCAUUUGCCGGUUGAAUUAGAGUACAAAGCUUUUUGA